AUGGUUUGUGUCCCUUGCAUUAUCAUUCCUAUUUUGUUAUGGAUUCUGCAUCGAUUACUACUUCCAGUAAUACACUUUUUUAUUCCAAGUCUAAAGCAUCAUCCGGAAGAUGUGAAAGAGGAACUGAAGGAACAACAUGAUAAUGUAGAAGACGAUUCAGUUGAUGUACAGACAUCAGGAAUAAAACCAAAGUCAGAAUAA